AGUGCUGAAAGUUUAAAAGUAAAGUUUAAUAUGGAGAUUCUGUUGCUAUUUGCUUUUGUUUUGGCUCUUGCCUUUGUCAUUGAAUGGCUUUUGAGGCAAUUGAAGAUUGCAGAUUACGAAUCACGAUAUGUACUAAUUACUGGAUGUGAUUCGGGUUUCGGACAUGAAUUAGCAAGGAAGCUGGAUAAGUUAAAUUUUCACGUGUUUGCUUGUUGCUUGACCAAAGAUGCUGUUGAGAAAUUCAGUGCGACGAGUUCGUCGAAAUUGAAAGCGAUAGAAAUGGACGUCUCAAAGGAUGCUAGUAUUGAAAAGGCAAUGGAAAUAGUAAAGAGGGUAUUACCAGAUGGAAAAGGACUUUGGGCAGUUGUGAACAAUGCUGGUAUUGUGGGUGGAAUUGGGUCCAUUAAACUUCAAACUAGACAGGACUACGAAAAAACACACGGCGUUAUCAUGGUAACGAAAGCAUGCAUGCCAUUAGUUCUGAAGGAAAAAGGGCGUUUCGUUAAUACAGCAAGUGUUUUGGGAAGAAUCGCAUUCUUAAACUCGUCAUACGCAAUUUCCAAAUACGGCGUAGAGGCCUUUUCUGAUGUACUUAGACGAGAGCUUUAUAGAACAGGUGUGAAGGUACAGAUUAUUGAGCCUGGGGCUUUCAUAACGUCAAUUUGGGGAACUGUCAGGCGGUUGGCUGAACAGAAAGCAGCGGGCUUGAAUUUACCAGCCGAAGUCAGGUCGCAACUUCCUGAUGAUGCCUUAGCCCAACGUGAGUACUCUUUAUCACUUGCACAAGCUGGUGUGUAUUCGACAGUUCGCGGCAUUAAACUACAACAGCAGAUUGUGAUAAUGUAA